AUGCAUCGUCUUACAGCGUCACCGUCGGGCGGUCCUUUUGAUCCCCAAAAGAAACCCGUUUUUCUGAUGCAUGGUUUACUGGGUUCCUCUGGUGAUUGGGUUUUGAUCGGACCCAAACAUGCUCUUCCGUAUCUGCUUUCAGAUCAAGGGUACGACGUGUGGCUCGGCAAUGCCAGAGGAAAUCGCUAUGGAAGAGAGCAUAAACAUAUGACAAUGGAUAUGAAAGAGUUCUGGGAUUUUUCGUGGCAUGAAAUAGGUGUUUACGAUGUACCGAUGAUGGUGGAUUUUAUCCUUAGAACGCGCAGCGUCGAGAAACUACACUACAUUGGACAUUCUCAGGGUACGACAGCGUUUUUUGUGAUGACAUCACUGAUGCCGGAAUAUAAUGAAAAAAUCAUAAAACUGCAUGCGCUAGCACCCGCUGCAUAUGUUUAUCAUCUGAAGAAUCCAUUGUUGAGGUAUCUGUCAACACACUUACAAACAGCUACGAAUCUAGCCAACAUGCUCAACAUUCAUCAGAUUGCCCCCUCGGAGCCCUUUUUUAACCAUCUGGCCAGUCGGUUCUGUCCGAAUAGUGGUCAGUACUGCGUCAAUACUAUGUUCCUGUUAUCUGCUGGUGAAUAUCGGAAUUUGGACCCCGUGAUAGUAUCUGUGAUUGUUGGCCACAUCCCAGCCGGGGCAUCCGUCAAACAGUUCGUCCACUUCGGGCAAGAGGUGAUGUCGGGGCACUUUCGACAAUUUGAUUAUGGCCCGGAAAAUAACACAAAAAUCUAUCGGUCUGUCCAGCCACCGGAUUAUAAUCUGACUAACGUUCGCACUCCUGUCAACAUUUAUUACGGAUUAAGUGACCAACUUACUGAUCCAACUGAUGUACGACGUCUUGCCCGAGAGCUACCGAAUCUGGCUGCACUAUACCAAGUUUCUAGAGACACGUUUAAUCACAUGGAUUUCUUACUGGCCGUUGACGCUAGAGAUGUAAUAUACAAGAGGAUUCUCGACAGCAUCGAGGAAGAUGGUGGAUCGUUCUACUUGUAG